UUACAUUGUUGGGCGACUUUUGCAACAACUCGCCGCGCCGCGGCCUCCGCGCGCCGCCGCCGCCGCUGCCGCCGCCGGCUCCCCGCCGCCCGGGCCCGGGCCGGCCGCGCCGGGGGCCGCCGCGCUGCCGCCCCGCUGCUCUGCCGCCGGCCGGGCAUGAGUUAGUCGCAGACAUGGACACCAAACAUUUCCUGCCGCUCGACUUCUCCACCCAGGUGAACUCUUCAUCCCUCAGCUCUCCAACGGGUCGAGGCUCCAUGGCUGCCCCCUCGCUGCACCCCUCCUUGGGUCCAGGAAUCGGAUCUCCACUGGGCUCCCCCGGGCAACUGCACUCACCUAUCAGCACCCUGAGCUCUCCCAUCAAUGGCAUGGGCCCACCCUUCUCUGUCAUCAGCUCCCCUAUGGGCCCGCACUCCAUGUCGGUACCCACCACACCCACACUGGGCUUUGGGACUGGUAGCCCCCAGCUCAACUCACCCAUGAACCCCGUGAGCAGCAGCGAGGACAUCAAACCCCCGCUGGGCCUCAAUGGCGUCCUCAAGGUUCCUGCCCAUCCCUCAGGAAAUAUGGCGUCCUUCACGAAGCACAUCUGUGCUAUCUGUGGGGACCGCUCCUCAGGCAAGCACUAUGGGGUGUACAGUUGCGAGGGCUGCAAGGGCUUCUUCAAGAGGACAGUACGCAAAGACCUGACCUACACCUGCCGUGACAACAAGGACUGCCUGAUCGACAAGAGGCAGAGAAACCGGUGUCAGUAUUGCCGCUACCAGAAGUGCCUCGCCAUGGGCAUGAAGCGGGAAGCCGUGCAGGAGGAGCGGCAGAGAGGCAAGGACCGGAAUGAGAAUGAGGUGGAGUCCACCAGCAGUGCCAAUGAAGACAUGCCUGUGGAGAAGAUUCUGGAAGCCGAGCUUGCUGUUGAGCCCAAGACUGAGACAUACGUGGAGGCAAACAUGGGGUUGAACCCCAGCUCACCAAAUGACCCUGUUACCAACAUCUGCCAAGCAGCAGACAAGCAGCUCUUCACUCUUGUGGAGUGGGCCAAGAGGAUCCCGCACUUCUCUGAGCUGCCUCUGGACGACCAGGUCAUCCUACUACGGGCAGGCUGGAACGAGCUGCUUAUUGCCUCCUUCUCCCACCGUUCCAUAGCUGUGAAAGAUGGGAUCCUCCUUGCCACUGGCCUGCACGUACACCGGAACAGCGCUCACAGUGCUGGGGUGGGCGCCAUCUUUGACAGGGUGCUAACGGAGCUGGUGUCUAAGAUGCGUGACAUGCAGAUGGACAAGACGGAGCUGGGCUGCCUGCGUGCCAUUGUCCUCUUCAACCCUGACUCCAAGGGGCUUUCAAACCCUGCCGAGGUGGAGGCGCUGAGGGAGAAGGUGUACGCAUCACUAGAGGCAUAUUGCAAACACAAGUAUCCGGAGCAGCCAGGCAGGUUCGCCAAGCUGCUGCUUCGCCUGCCCGCACUGCGCUCCAUCGGGCUCAAGUGCCUGGAGCACCUGUUCUUUUUCAAGCUCAUCGGCGACACACCCAUUGACACCUUCCUUAUGGAGAUGCUGGAGGCCCCACAUCAAACCACCUAGGCCCCUGCCACUUGUGCGCCGGACCUGCGCCCUGCCUGGACACAGCUGCUCAGCACCAGCCCUGUCCCUGCUCUUUCUGCUGGCCCGUGUGGACCUUUGGGGUGCAGUGUCCCUAUGGUAUCGAAAGAUGCAUCACCAUCCUUGUCAUCUUUAUGACUGCUUGCCUUUGGCCCAGGGUCAUAGCCAGAGCUGGUUGAGACCCAGCCAGCCCCCUCCCCCACAUCAGGCUCUUGGGCUACCUUGCUGUCACCCUGAGGGGCUUGGGGUGCUUCUGGAGCUGGGAGAAGGGCUUGUUCUAGUCGCUGUUUGCUGUCGCUGGUUUUCGACACGCCUACAUGGCACCUAUGUUUGGAGUGGCCUAUCUUUGCCUGUUCAGAGUCCUGGUAACCAGCCAGGGUGGGAACCCACCUGGGGUGAAGAGGGAACAGGUCCUAUCCCUGUGGGCCAUAGCUAACCUGUAAAGCCUGUUUCCAAAAGAUAUCCUGAGAUGUCACCACAGCCACCGUGCGGGAUCCUGGGACCCCCGUGAGGCUGCAUGGGCUGGAGGUUCUCUGUCAUGUCCUCCCAGUUCCUUUUUGUGUCAUUGUCCCCCACCAUAUGUCUCAUCAACCCAGGUUAGCCAGCUGUGGUGACCUGUCUUUUCCCUGGUCCACAUCUUCCUUUGUGGUCUGCAAGGUGGUGCCAAGGACCAUCCUGGAAGGCUGCCCCUGGCUUUCUAAUCCAGUGGUCCUGUGGGCAACACAUGGACUGUCCUUUUGCUGGCCUCUUGUAGGACACCGGACAUCCUGAGGCUCAGGGAAGGAAGAGGGUUGUUGUCUGGUUUCCUGAAAGGGGGCCGGAGGGACUUGGGGAUGGACCAGGCAGAUAUGAAAGGUGACUGUGUCCUGGUGAGGGACUCUCGCAUGGACCCCUUACUGGACUGGCCACUUCUGUUAGGAAUGCUGAUGGGCCUUUCUGGGAUUCCUCUUGGUAUGAUGUUGUUUGUAGACAGUGUCCAGAAUCUUACUCAAGCAAGGGCUUUUUCACACCUGCUCAGGUGGUAGGUUGUGGGCUCAGGCUUCAGUUUGUCCAUGUGGCUUCACCUCAGGCUCUGAGUGUGCCUUUCUGGUUGAACAACAUUGGUUGCACUGUAAGGCCUCCCUUGGUCCCAGUCUUCAUGAUCUAGUCCCAGACCGAGGGGCCCAGGUUGAUCAGGAGCAGGGGCCUUAGUGGGGAUGACCAUACUGCCUCCCCAACAGCUGGACUCCCAUUGGUGCAAAGGGGUAAGAGAGGAAGACCCUCAGGAAACCAGACAUCUAGGGGGUUGGGCCUGGAGGUAGUGGGUAGGAGGAUCCAGUUUCAUAGGCUCUAUGAGGAAGGACACAUUCAUUUUCCAACUUUUCAAAGUCCCUAGCAAGAGCCAGCUGAGGCACCUAUAGAAGGUUCCAGAAACAUCUUCUCUGUAGCCGCUUUCUCCAUGAGGUGGCAUGAGAGAUGUAUGUGGGAGGCCUCGCAGUUCCCAGGACCAGCCAGCUUCUAGGCUUUCCUGGAAACCCUGUGCAGCCUUUGAGGAACGGUAGCACCAAGCAGAGGGGUACAGAUUCCCUGGUUCACACCUAGCGCUGUGCCUUCAGCAGACCACGCUCCCCUUUUUCAUGCUGGCCCCAUUAUAUGCUGUGCCCUGUGUUCUUCUGAGCCACCAAGGAUGGUCCUUGGCUCCAGCAGAGAAAGUCCUGGGGCUGACUCUGGGAUGCUGGCUUUCAGGAACUGAGGCCAUGGCCCCUAGUGCCGGUGGUCCACAUAGCCUUACCUGUCACUGCUUGUUACCAUAGACUCCCUCGUGGGCUUCCUGUUCUUUAGCCUCAUCGUCACCAUUAUUGUGUAUACAGUGCUGUUAUUUGCAGGGGAGGUGUGGGCAUGGUGUCACUAAGGAAAGAAUUGGGUUCAUUUAACCAGACAUUUAGUCGGUUACCAAUCUGGUUCAAUUAAGGUGAUUGUAAUUAUUGUUAUUAUUUUGGUGGGACAAUCUUUAAUUUUCUAAAGAUAGCACUAAUGCCAGCUCAUUAGCCACCCUGCACCCAUCCCAACCUCAGCCUCGUUGGAUGACUGCCACCGAUGGUCAUGUGACAUCCACACUGCUGCUUCUGGGCCAUAUUCUUCAUCUGUGUCACCUCCCUGCUUGGAGAUUCACUUGGGGCUCCUAUGGCUGAGAAGUGACAAUGACCACAGAGCCUGUGGCAACUUCUGGCCCAUAUCACCCUGAAACCACAGUCACUGAGGGAAUUUGGCCCCACACCCUCAGUUUUCCAAAUGACCACAUCCCUGUGGAUACUAGGCAGUUUGACGGUGCCAAGGGACGCCUGCGCCCCCUCCCCUGGGAUUCCAGAAGACCUGGCUGGAGCAGGCAACCAAUGGUGAAUCAUUUGCUGUCCCCAUCACAGAAUCAGGGUGUGUGACCUGGUCCCCUACACACAGGUGUGUGUGUGUUGUGAACACGUAUGUGCUGUCCAGAGACUGCAGAGGCCGCAGUGGCAGGAGAUGCGGCACAGUUCCCAAUGUUUUGUGUUCUUUUUAAUCAAGACUUUCCCAUUUUCCUGUACAUUUGCUUCUUGUGAGCAAGGACCUGAGGUCCCCUUCUGUGGGGAAGUCAGGCUCUGGUGACUCUGGAGGCAGGGGAUGCAUCUAUUUUCAGAUGCUGCAGGGCUGGAGUGCCCUGAUCUCUAGCCAUGCCUUAGCUGGAAUGCGCGGCCACUGUGGGGAGGAUGCUGCGGCCGCAGGGAGUAAAGAUAGAGGAAUGUUUAACGCACCGGGAAGGGUAAAUGAAUCUAUUUUUGUACAAAUGUAAUUUUAUCCCUCAUGUAAACUGGAUGGCAUGGCGGGGCACCUGUUUUGUCUCUGCUUUGGAGUGUUGAGAAGCGUGGGGACACCAGGACGCUGAGAUGGCAGAGGAGGGCCCUUCCGAGGAGGCUGAAGACUCGUGAGAACAGCACAGAGAGACACUUCCUUUGAUGGGAGGGAGGGCCGCAACCUGCAGGGUUUCCUUCCCCUUCUUGGUGAUUUGAACAGCCUUGCUCUGUCCUCCGUGCCUGCCUGCCGGCCUGGCCGCCACCCGUCUGACUGUGAAAUGACUUCCCUGCGUAACUGCUCUCCGGGACAUUGUGGCGCAGACGCUGGGGGUUGAUGAACAGCAGUCUCAGGAUUGUAGAAAAGAAACACAGAAAAACGUGAGAGGAGAGACAAAUAUGAGCGUUUCAAAAUAUAUCUCCAUUCGGUUC